AAUAGAGUUUAAGAGUUUUAUAUUUUAUUUAUUUAUGCUUGAGACUUGAGUUGAGAGGAAGACCAAUCCAAGGACAAAGGACGGCUUUAAUCUUCGUUAAUUGUUAACUUUAGCUUUGUUUUUUCUUUUCUUUUUUCAAAAAGCGACGGAAAAUAACAUAGAACAUCAACUUCCAUCCAUAAAUUAAGAUUUUGUUUAAAACGAAGUUAUUAUCAUUGUUUUCUGAUUCUUUCUCCUAUUUUUUUUUUUGCUUUCUUUCUUUUCUCUUGUUUGGAUCGGAUCUGUAAUAGGCAAAAUCAACCCCCCAAACAAUUCAGGAAAGCUCUUUUCACUUUUCUCUUCAAAGAAGAGCUUUUGUCUCCUUAGUAAUUUCUGGGUUUUUCAUUUCAUGAAAGAUAUCACCUUGUCCUGCAUUCUUUUAUCUGUUCUAUGAUCAGUUUUUGUGUGCAUUUGGGAUAUUAAGUUGGUUGAUUCUGCAAUUAUGGCUUUAUCAAAGAGUUAUCAUGUAGAGGAAAAAAAAGUUGAACGUUGCUGAAUUUCACUUUGGUUUGGCAGUGAUAGGUGUUGUUGAAUUGUUCAAUGGACUCCCUUGCUAUUUCUUCAUCAAAGAAUCAGAAUCUAGGUUCUGGUAUAGGAAACAAUGACCCUCCUUCAACAUCCGGGAUGCCUAGGCGGCCUUCUCGGCCUCCAUUACCGAAACAAUCUGAAAAUGAAGGGCUUUCUUCUGCAUAUCAUGGUGUAAGGACCGUUCAACAUCAUGAUGGUUCAAUUGGCUCUCAAAAGCAUUCAUGCAAAACAGCCUAUGACAACUUGGUCUGUGAAGAAAUGCCUAAUAUGGCAAAACACUAUUAUGAUUCAAGCAAGAUGAAAUCUGAAUUGACGGGAAAGAUUUUGGCAGUGGCAAGCAAAUCUUCCUUCAAACAUCCCAUUGAUGACCAUAAGAGUUCCAAUUCCACUGCUUCAUUGGAAUACGAACAAACUGUAUCUGGUGUACACUAUUAUGAUUCUAGUAAGGUAAAAUCCGAAUCGGUGGGAAAGAUUCUGACAACUGCAAGCAAGUCUUCCUCAAAGCAUCCCAUCGAUGAUCAUAAAACUUCUGAUUCCAUUGCUUCGUUGGAAUAUGAAAAACCUGUGCCUGGUGCACACUAUUAUGAUUCGAGUAAGGUAAAAUCUGAAUCAGUGAGAAGCAAAUCUUCCUUCAAACAUCCCAUUGAUGAUCAUAAGAGUUCUAACUCCUUUCGUUCAUUGCAAUCUGAAAAAACUGUGCCUGGUGUACACUAUUAUGAUUCGAGCAAGGUGAAAUCCGAAUCGGUGGGAAAGAUUUCAACAACGGCAAGCAAGUCUUCCUUCAAACAUCCCGUUGAUGAAAAGCUUGUGCCCAGUGCCAUUCAGUUGAACAACCACAUUGUAUCUCAAUCAGAACCAAGCAUUUGUGUGAGUCCAUCGAGUAGUAUGUGCACCAGAUCUCUGUAUGCCGAAGCUAAACAAAGUUUCACCAAUACAGAAGUUAGUGAAUGUGCAAGCAGUGAUGAAAGCGGUGAAGUGAGCAGGAAGACGAGCAUCAAUAGGGGGAGCAAUUGCAGUGAUAUUAGUGAAGAAAGCAGCUCAAGUUGUUCAAUCAGUGCCAUUUACAAGCCCCACCAAGCAAAUGAUAUAAGAUGGGCUGCAAUUCAAGCUGUUAGAUCACGGAAAGGAGAGUUGGGCUUUAAGCACUUUAGGGUGUUGAGGAAACUGGGAUGUGGGGAUAUAGGCAGUGUUUAUCAAUCUGAAUUGACUGGCACCAAUACUUAUUUCGCCAUGAAAGUUAUGGAUAAAGCUCUUUUGGCAAGUCGAAAAAAGCUUCUUAGAGCCCAAACAGAGAGGGAGAUUCUCCAAUCUUUGGAUCAUCCUUUCCUCCCCACCUUGUAUACACAUUUUGAGACAGAGAAGCUUUCUUGCUUGGUUAUGGAGUUUUGCCCCGGAGGAGACUUGCAUGCUCUCAGGCAAAGGCAACCUGGAAAGUACUUUUCAGAGCAAGCUGCCAGAUUUUAUGUGGCCGAAGUUCUCCUUGCUUUGGAGUAUCUGCACAUGCUUGGGAUUAUUUACAGAGACCUUAAGCCAGAGAAUGUUUUGGUUCGAGAAGAUGGACACAUAAUGCUUUCGGAUUUCGAUCUCUCACUAAGAUGUUCUGUCUCGCCGACACUGGUUAAGUCUUCAAACUCGACUCUGGCGUCGAAACAUUCAGUGUACUGUGCUCAGCCUGCAUGCCUCCAGCCAACUUGUGUAAUGCAGCCAGAUUGUAUCCAACCAGCAUGUUUCGGACCGCGUCUUUUUCCGAGCAAGUCCAAGAAAGAAAAGAAGAGCAAAAUAAAGAGUGAAACGAAUCAGCAAGUUAGCCCUCUUCCUGAGCUCAUUGCAGAACCUACCAAUGCUCGAUCAAUGUCCUUCGUUGGCACUCACGAGUACUUGGCACCUGAAAUUAUUAAAGGCCAAGGCCAUGGAAGUGCUGUCGAUUGGUGGACGUUUGGGAUCUUUCUAUACGAACUUUUGUUCGGAAAAACCCCGUUUAAGGGAGCCGAGAACAGGGCAACUCUGUUUAACGUGAUCGGCCAGCCAUUGAGAUUUCCAGAGUAUCCAAAUGUGAGCUUUGCAGCGAAGGACUUGAUCCGAGGCUUACUCGUAAAGGAACCACAGCAUCGGCUUGCAUAUAGGCGUGGGGCUACUGAAGUUAAACAGCAUCCGUUCUUUCAGAGUGUGAAUUGGGCACUCAUUCGAUGUGCUAAUCCGCCAGAGGUGCCAAAGCCGUCCAUGACGGAUUUUUUUGCCGGAACCAACAUGUCAAAAGCUCCAACGAAUAACAUGGUUCCGGGUUUAGAUGUGAAGCCUUCUGGUAAUUAUUUAGAGAUUGAUUUCUUUUGAUUCUUGUGAUUAUUUUUCCUUUCUUAGAAACCAGUGUUGUAAACAUCUCUUUGAACAGAAAUGAGGAAUCACAAGUUGCUGCUCAA